UGAAAUUGUAUUCGGUUUGGAGGAUCCGGCGGGAGAGGAGCUCCGGUUUCGCGCUUUACUGAUCUAUUAUUUAAAGUUCUCGGGUAGAUAUCGCGCGAAUUAGUCGCUGUCGGGUUAACUGCUGUUUUUAGCCGCUGCUGGAGACGGUUUCUGCUGUUUUGAUGAGUUUUAACACCGAAUAAAAGAAGCGGACAAAAGAUGAGCCUGCUUUCCGCCGAACGGCCCGUGGAUCUCCCUGUAGAGAGCCCCAAGGCUGACAGUGACUCAGACAGUGGAGUAGGUUCACCAAUGGAGGAUGCUGUGACUGAAAAGAACACUGCCACUGAGGCCCAAGGAGAUUCUGAUGAAGACAUUGCUGUCAACCGGAAGGCUCGUUCUCGAAAGGUCCUUGAAGACAGUGACAGUGAAAAGGAGGAGGAGGUGACAGGGAUGGCAGAAGCUCUCGUUCUUUCAGAAUCUGGUGAGGAGGAGACCACAGAGGGUGAUCGAGUCAAAAAAAGCCGGGGGAAAAGGAUAUCCCGUAUUUCCAUGGACAGUGAUGAGAGCGAGCCAGAGAAAGAUGAACCUAAGGAAGAGAAGAAAAAGAGGGGGAAGUCACAGAGACGCAAGGAAAAGGAGAAAAACAGAGGUUCUCUAGUGAAGCGUUUGAAAGAGAAGUCGGGCGCUGUUGAAGCGACCUCUUCGGGCAAGGCUCUCAAUGAUAGCGGCUGCCUACUUGGUGAUAAUGAUCUAUUUGAUGCUCAGCUGGAAGAUGACACAGCUGAUGGGGAGAUGGAGGAAGCAGAGUCUCUAGAUGCAAUUAGAGAUGCUGUGAAGCAGAAGGCCAGGCACAAGCUCCAUUCUCAUGACAUGGAAGAUGAUGAAGUCAAUGAAGAAGACUGCUCGACGCGUAAGGAGAGAAAAGCAGCAAGAGCAAGUAAGGAGGCCAUGAAACAGCUCCACAGUGACAGCCAGCGGCUUGUGAGAGAAUCUACUAUAGGGCUACCAUACCACAUGCCGGAGCCAAAGGGCAUUGACCAUUUCUUUAAGAGGAGAAAUCGUCCUGAGGGCCCUGCUAUGGUUUUGUUAAAGUCUGCAAAAUACCAGACCUGUCUCUCUGAAGCACCUGCCUCUACCACCCAGAGCCAAGUAAAACCAUCUGAGCAGAACUCAAGCCCUCAGGCUGGCGCAUGCCCGGACACACAAGACCCAGACGGCUGCACCCAGAAGGAGGGUACGACAAAUAAUGAGGAAAGUCAAGCUGCUGAUGGAAUUGCUGAGAACCAGUCAGGCACUAAAGCAAAUGCCGAGCUCCAAAGCAUGGAGGUUACAGAGGAAGAGGGUGCUCAUCCUACUGUAGAGGUGCCUGAGGGGGCUGGAUUAAACAAACAGGGCCAUGAGAAGCCACAGGUUCCAGUUCAACAGGCUGAGCCUGAGACAGGAAAUUUGGAGCAAGCUGGCUCUACCUUUGCUCAGCCAGGUUCAGUAGUACCCAAAACCAAGAAGGAUAAACUGACUAGACUGCGUGAGCUGGGUUUGGAGCCUCCUCCAGUUGCAAAGCUAUGUGCCGAUGAUGGUGCUUUCAUCCAGCUGGAACCUGCGCAGGCAAACCCAGCUUUGGAGGCUCUUAAGGAGCGUUUUCUGCGACAUAUCCAGCCAGCUCCACGUCCUGCAAAAGAGCGCUCAAUAAAUAUAAACGUGGUGAGAAAGGACAGUACCUCAUCUGGCCAGGAGGAGCUACAUUCUGAGUCAAUCACUGUAACAGUGAAUGAAGGGAAAGAGGAGCCUAUACACGCUAAACCAGGAGAGAAGCUGGUUCAGCUAAAGUGUCAACUGCAGAAAGCCAUGGCUGUACGGCGUCAGGAGGAAAGAGAACGCCGGGCUGCCCUCCAUCGCCUGGACAAUGAAGACUGUGAGGAUGAGGAAGAAGCCGAGAUGACCGAUUCUGAAGAUGAAGAGGGUGUUGAUGAGUUGCUGGGUGGUGGUGAUGGUGAUGAUGAAGAAGAAGCUGGAGAUGAAGAGGAAGGUGAUGGAGAGGAGGAGGUGGUGGAUGAAACUGAGAAAGAUCUUGGAAGAUCACUGGAAAGAAGUCCUUCACCUUGUUUUAAAAGCCCAUCUCCGACCCCAUACGCUGAUGGCACUUUAAUGUUGUUUGCUGGAAGCUCUUGCUCCCGAACUGGGGAUGGUGUUAGGCAGUCCCUGCCAGCUGGUCAAGAAAGUGACUGCAAAAUGGAAGAUGAGGAUGCCCUCUCCCUGACGAAAGAGAGCAGCCACAACAGCAGCUUUGAACUGAUUGGCUCCAUGAUCCCAUCAUACCAGCCAGUCAAUCGUGCAGCAGGCAGAGGUUUGUCAGCAGGUGCAUUUCGUUCACCCUCUCCCUGCUUCUUCAGACCCAGCUUCCUAGGCUCGGCAUCCAAGAGCUCUGGUAAGCUGUCUGAGCCCUCUCUCUCCCUUCCUGUGGAGGAUUCCCAAGACCUGUAUGCUGUCAACUCCCCAGGUGAGGCUGGCCCUGUAGCUGACUCCCAAGGCCCCUUCUCCCUCGAGGAGGACACGCACUCCCAGCUGCUGGAUGCAGAUGGAUUCCUAAACGUGGGACCGCGUGGCGGCCAGAGCCGUUCUCAUAAAAGGCAGCUGCUGUUGGAUAACCUGGAUGAGAAUGCCAUGGAUGCCAACAUGGGUGAACUGCUAGGCUUUUGCUCAGGUGGGUUUGGAUCAGGGCAGAGCCAGCCUGGGGCCAGCCAGUCUGUGGCAGAAGAUGAGCUGCUGGGCCUGUGCUCUGGGGCUUUCACCACCCAGCCCGGAGAGGCUGCUGACAGACCCAAAGAAGAGAGUAGUGUCCUGGAGGCAGACGCCAGCAAUGGAGCAAGCCGUGAAGGCUCAGAUGGAGACGUGGAUCAGCUGCUUGCUCUUUGUUCGGGCAAGUUUACAGGCAGCCCAGCUGCUUCUCCUGGAAAGUCAGUCCCAAGUCCUGUUCUUGAAGACACAUCAGACAGCAUCAAGAAAAAGGAUGAAGAGGUGGAGGAGGAGGGAGAAGAAGAAGAGGAGAGCAAUUGUGAGUUUCAUCUCAUGUCAGAUGUGGACAGCCUCAGUGAGAAGGAGGAGGCUGAGGCGGAUUCAGACAUUGAAGGAGGAGAGGAUGAUGGCGAGGUAGGGGACGAAGAAAGGGAGGCAGUCUUCGGUCAUCGUCCUGGAAAAAGGAAGAUGCGAAUGGCUGAGUUUGUGGAUUCAGAGGCUGAGCUGUCAGGCAGUGACUUGGGCAGUGAAGAUGAAGAUGAUGAAGGAGGUGAUGAAUAUGAAGAGGAGGAGCUGCAGGAGGAACUUCCAUCAGAUGAGGAAUUGAUGGACCAGGUCAACAAAAUCCACAUGAAGCAGAUCAUGGAUGAUGACAAACGAAAGUUACGCUUAUAUCAGGAGCGAUAUCUGGCUGAUGGAGACCUACACUCUGAGGGACCUGGCCGAGAGCGUCGCUUCCGGUGGAAAAAUAUUGAUGAUGGCAUUGAGUUUGGGGUCGGUCCUCGUGAAGAGGAGGAAGAAGAAGACGAAGAACUGGAUCCGAGUGAGCUGCAGAGGCGUAAGGAGCGUCUGGAGAAAGAGCAGUGGCUGCGAGAGCAGUCUGAGUCUCAGACGAAGAAAAGAGAAUCUGUUGAAGACGACGAUGAUGAUGAGGAGGAAGAGAAAAUAGGAGAGGAGGACAGUCAGUUCAUGAAGCUGGCCAAGAAGCUUACUGCAAAGACACUCCGCCAGAGAGGGCCCCCCUCAGCACCCCUGCAGGAGAAGGCAGCCCAAAACAUCAACCCUUUUCAGAAGCCCACUCAGCCUAUGAUGAAGAGAGGGUCUUUGCUUGGUCAGCCUCGGGCAAUGCUGCAGAAGUUGGCCAACAUUUCAGACAGCAACCCUCUGGCACCACGUAACACACGAGGAUUCCUCUUCCAGACACUGUCUCCAGAAAAAGACUCUUCUGCGUCUGCUCGCCCCAAGACUCAGGUGAAGAAAAGAAGUCAGACGGAAUCUAUUACCCCUCUUGCGAAGCGACCGUGCCGAGAAAACUCUAUAAAGACCCCCGGACCUCCAAGAAGUGUGUUCAGUUUUCUGGAGAACUGAAGCUGCUUUCAAUCUUCUUGUUAUUACUGACCUCUAAUGAGCCUACUCUUAAUUACGUCAUGUCUCGUGGGGACUUGAGCCAUUUAAGUUUGGUCCAGUCUUCAUGAUUAUUACUUGAGUUUUUGAAAUAGGUUGUUUUUAUACAUUUUAUCAUGUAAAUAUUUUGAAUGUUUAAAUUGAUGUAUUUUAUUUGUUGUAAAAUUGUAAAUUAAAGUGUAUUCUUUAUGCUUUUGA